UUGUUUUUCAGUGAGUCAUCAGCACCUUCGCUCCGACGACGGCCACCACGUGAGACGACAUUUGGCAUCUCUGAAGACGACACUUCCGAGGAACGUCACUGGACUCCAGCGAUGCAGUCAAAUUCACCGGUGACCGAAGAUUCCUUGGUAACGAUUCGGAUGCGACCUGACGCUAUGGGGCGGUUUGGGUUCAAUGUCAAGGGCGGUGCUGAUCAAAACUAUCCCGUAAUUGUAUCGCGAGUAGCACCAGGAAGUUCCGCUGACAAGGCCCAUCCACGACUGAACGAAGGCGACCAGGUCCUCUUCAUCAAUGGCCGUGACGUCACGCCGAUGUCCCAUGAUACCGUGGUCCUCUUCAUCAAUGGCCGUGACGUCACGCCGAUGUCCCAUGAUACCGUGGUUGAUUUCAUCAGAAGCGCUCGAUCGGCACCAAACGGCGGCGAGCUCGUCCUAACGAUUAAGCCCAACGUGUAUCGACUUGGCGAAGAAGUGGAAGAACCGGAAGGUGCAGCUCUUCCGGAACAGAUGCGUGUGGCGGAAAGUCAACUCUAUCGAAAAAAACCGGGUAUGACGAUGAAUGACUGCCGAUUAACGUCGAAUCUCAAUAAAAAUAGGUACCGAGAUGUAUGUCCUUAUGAUGCGACAAGGGUACGAUUAAGCUCAUCCCCAAAUGGUGAUUACAUAAACGCUAACUUUGUUAAUAUGGAAAUCCCUUCGUCGGGUAUUGUAAAUCGCUACAUCGCCUGUCAAGGACCAUUGGCCCACACUUCAGCCGAUCAUUGGCUUAUGGUAUGGGAGCAGUUAUGUACGCACAUUGUCAUGCUCACCACUACUAUCGAACGAGGUCGAGCCAAAUGUCAUCAGUACUGGCCAAGGUUACACGAAAGUCAUGAGUAUGGUCGUCUUUUGGUAACUUGUAUCCGUGAUCAUGACACGCCAAACUGCUCCUAUCGUGAAUUUUCCGUCCGGGAUCGAACGUCCAAAGAAGAGCGACGAGUGACUCAAAUGCAGUACACUGCGUGGCCUGAUCAUGGUGUUCCCGACGAUCCACAGCAUUUCAUCUCAUUCGUCGGUGAGGUUCGCCGAGCACGGGCGGGCAGUGUCGACCCGAUUGUCGUGCAUUGUUCGGCAGGAAUCGGUCGUACCGGAGUACUGAUUCUGAUGGAAACGGCUGCAUGUCUUGUGGAGGCAAACGAGCCAGUCUAUCCGCUCGACAUCGUACGGGUAAUGAGGGAUCAAAGGGCGAUGGCCAUUCAAACAGCGGGUCAAUAUACGUUUGUAUGCGAAUCGAUCUUGCGUGCUUACAAUGACGGUAUUAUCAAGCCGUUAGCCGAAUAUCAAAAACGGUAA